UUAUAAAGAGAUCGAGGAGAAUGCGUCACUAAACGUGUCUUUUUUUUUCUUGUCAGUUUCGACCUACAUAUCUCCAGUCCAAACUACAUGCAUGAACAUCAACUACUACUUGUCCGAGAAUGAAGUUUCGGCUGGUUUCUCAGAAGAGCGAUGGGAAAGAAUAUAUAUGGCACGAUCGGUGAUUGGAUUGUAUGUUACUGGCUUCUUCUUUAUCUUCUUGUCAUUUUUUACCGGAGUUGCUGGGUGCUGGAAGCGUUCCCAUGGAAACGUUGUUGCCACUGGUCUACUGCAACUUCUGGCAGCUCUGGUGGACGCAGGUGCUAUGGGACUGUGGCACGGGGUCCAGUAUUACGAUUAUCAAAAACUGCGGGAUGACAUGGCCUACUUUGGUUGGCCCGAUGUCUUGAAACACAGAGGAUAUACGAACUUCUAUUAUGGGUGGUCUUAUAUCCUGGCGUGGAUUGGUGUUGGAAUGAGCCUAAUGACCGCCAUCUUGUUUCUUUGUGCUGCUGGUUGUCUUCGUAGGGAGAAGAAGGUCGAACAAGCGAAGAAUAUGCAAUACCUCAUGCCCGUGUAUCCGGACAAGCGACAACCGUAUAACUAUACGGCUUAUCCUGGCCCUUAUUAUCAGUACGGCUAUUAGGCCUCACUCUUCCCGUGAUAAACCUUGUUUAUCGGGCGUGAAAAAUUAGCCCAUAGCAGUAAAAACUCACACGUCUUUGGUAACAUCGAAUUUUUAAACACAGAGAAAGUAAAUGUAAAUACUACCAGUUCUUAAAACUUGUAUUAU